UGUCCCGAUCUGCAUGCUCUGCGAUACAUGUGCCACGAUAAAGCCAAGCCAAAGCCACCAUGCAACAUAAAGAAGCCCAUAGAGGACAGCGAUGACCUCUGGAGCGAGGCUGCAGCAACUGAGGUACAAUCGUACAUGAAAACAAUGAAGCCACUAAGCCAGACAGAGAGGGAUCUGAUAUGCCACCAAACAGUCGGCCAAGCAUCUAACAAGAAGUGGCAUGCAGAACGGGUUGGACGGCUAACAGCAUCGAUGUUUAAAAGGAUCUGCCGGUGUACAAAACCGGACAGUUUGCUAAAGGCACUACUGUACCCUUGGGACAGAGCCACUUCCGAAGCAAUCCUAUAUGGCAGACAGCACGAAGCAGAUGCCGUAGCUGCUUAUGUGAAACUGUUGCAGGCCAGAGACUCGAGCGUGGCAGUCCGGGAAACUGGACUUCACGUCCACUGCCAGUACCCCUUCUUAGCUGCUUCACCAGACAGAAUUGUUGUUGUAGAUGGAAAAGAAGGCCUACUAGAAGUGAAAUGCCCUUUUUCAAAAAAAGGGAUAACGUGUGAGGACGCCUGCAGUGACAGAAACUUCUGCUGCAGACUCACCGAAGAAGGUGCGGAGCUGAAGCGGGACCACGCCUAUUUCCAUCAGGUGCAAGGCCAGAUGGCAGUAACGGGCCAUAACUGGUGCGAUUUUGUCAUAUAG